AUUGCACACCUGGUGUGCUUAGUCUAUUUAUAUGUAUGUCAAUUAUAUAUCGUAUUAAAAAGAUAAAUGAUUACAGAUGCGACGAUUGUUUUCUUUUUAAAACCUCGUGCUUCCAGCAUCUGCGCCUGUGCUCAAACGCGCGACUUCUCUUUUGGCACGCGCUGAGCGCUUGGGAGCGACGCUCGCUCUGAGGAGUGAGGUGUGUAACCAAGAGCUAAAAUUGGUCUCGUGAUGAGGAAAAGUGAAGGAGCGAGCCGUUGCGAUCUGUUCUCUCGUCUUCUCAGAAAAAACUGAGGAUUCUUCCAUCUUUUUCCAGAUAACACAACUCCGGAAUACUAAUUUGAACUCUUUUUGCGCCGUGGAUAACCAUUUAAAGUGGGAUUUCUGAUUUUUUACUCACAAGGGAAUAUGAAAGAUUGCACAUCAAUACCAGAUCAUAUCAAAACCUCGUAACAUUUAAAUCACAUUUAGUUUUAUUUUCCUAAAGAAAUGGAUCCGCUCAUCACUUCCACUGACUUGCCAAGUAACUGGACAGACGACUUUACAGCAAAUGAAACCGAUAUAUAUUGGAACCAGUUUGUGCAACCAGUCUGGAGGAUAGUGCUCUGGGCAGUGGCUUACAGCACAAUUGUCGUCGUGUCUGUGGUUGGCAACAUCACGGUUAUAUGGAUCAUUUUGGCGCACAAACGUAUGAGAACAGUGACUAACUAUUUCCUUGUAAACUUGGCUUUUGCUGAAGCGUCCAUGUCUGCAUUUAACACCGUUAUAAACUUUGUGUACGCAGUUCAUAACGAGUGGUAUUUCGGGCUUUAUUACUGCCGAUUUCACAACUUCUUUCCAAUAGCGGCAGUCUUCGCUUGUAUAUGUUCAAUGACCGCGAUUGCGCUCGACAGAUACAUGGCCAUCAUCCAUCCCCUGAAGCAGAGGAUGUCUGCGACCCAGACGAAGGUGAUCAUCGCAGUGAUCUGGGUCCUGGCUCUUCUCUUGGCCUUUCCCCAGUACUACUACUCCAAUAUUGAAAAGCUGCCCGGGAGGGUUGUCUGCUACAUCGACUGGCCUGAGUACACACUCCUAGACUUCAAAAAGAUGUACUACGUGUGUGUAGCAGUGCUGAUUUACUUCCUUCCUCUCUUGGUAAUGGGCUGUGCUUACCUGGUGGUGGGUUUUACUCUGUGGGCCAGUGAGAUCCCUGGAGAUUCGUCGGACCGCUACCAGGAGCAGCUGGCUGCCAAACGCAAGGUGGUGAAGAUGAUGAUUGUCGUGGUGUGUACCUUUGCGGUGUGUUGGCUCCCCUAUCACGUGUAUUUCCUGAUUUAUCACUUCCACCCGAACCUGUCUGAACAUUCCUUCACUCAGCAAGUCUAUCUGACUAUCAUGUGGCUGGCGAUGAGCUCCACCAUGUACAACCCCAUUAUCUACUGCUGCCUCAAUGACAGGUUUCGCGCCGGGUUCAGGCAAGCAUUUCGCUGUUGUCCGUGCGUCCCUAAGGGAUCCUAUGAGGGACUGGAGCUCAAGUCCACCCGAUUCCUUCAAACCCAGACCAGUCUAUACAGGGCCAGCCGAAUGGAAACCACCGUAUCCUGUGUGAUGCACCAUGGUGAAGAUGGCCAGAAGGUCACUUUCGGAAGCAUCAAAGGGACCAGAGGGAGGCAUGCGGGUCACAGCCCAUGCAGGGAUCUCACCUCCAAUGGUUCAUCCACUCGUAGUAUCACCAAAACCGUGUCGGAGACCUCCAGCUUUUACUCCAGUAAUAACCUAGCAGAAUAGAAAACACCGUCGGAGGAGAAAAGCCUCCAUUUUAUCCAAAUCUUUUAAUGACGCCUCUUCUGUUAAAGCAGUAUAUGUGUGCAUACAGAUGUGUAUUUUGAUGGUUAGGUGUAUAAAAUGUCACUUUCUUUCAUACUUGACAAACUCUAUGAGCUUUAUAAUUUUGAAUUUAACAUUGAUUUUCCAGAAAAAUGCUUUUUUACCAAAGUGAUGUACUCGUAUCUAAAAGAGGGCCAGAUUUAUUGAUCGUGCAAUCGCUGAAGACGCUUUAAAAGUUUACAUUAAGGGGCAUUGAACCCAGUGGAUCAAUAAGACACAAUCAAAAAAUGAAAUUCGCCCAUGAAUAUUGAUCUCAUCUUACAACAACAAAACAACCUUUGUGUGUGAUUAGAAACGUGACAGAAAUUAUUCCUGAUCCCACAGUCUACAAACACGGCCCACCGGACUUAAACCGUGAUGUGGAUUGUUGUGCAUAUCACAGCAAGUUGUUCAGAAACACAUUCAGCCUUCAAAAACUAAAAUGACUGAACAAUAACAUGCGGGGGCAGAUUUUUUUUUCUUUUUAAGGCUGCCUUGGUGGUUUCAUGGCCAGUUAGAACAGCGAUCCAGCCCGUGAAAUGAACAUAAACAAUGUUAAUUGCUAAUAUUGGCACCUUGUAGCUUCAAAGGCAAAUAUAAAGAGCAGCAUUAAAUUACUUUUUAAGGUGUACCUGGAAACUCGGUGGUGAAAGCUCUGAAUCUGAAUGCCAUUCUGGCAUCAUUUUUUGGUGCUACGGAUUUUUUCUAGUCUUACCUGCAUAUUUAUUUUUACGAUUUUCACUAAGUUCCUCCCUCAUUGGUUAUCACUGCCAGCUCAGACAAGCUUUACAGAACAGUGCCAAAGGAAUGCAUUAGAGAUUUGGUGCAAUUUUAGUUCAGAUUUGCCUCGAAUGUGAAAAAACUGUAUAGAUAUUAUUUUUACUAUGGUUGUUAUGAAGUGUGUUACUCUUAGGACUAAAUUAUCAAGUAACUUAAGCUCCCAUAACACACGCUGUUUCUGCUCAUCUCAUGUUAAUCUUGAGUAACUAUUCAUGAAUAUCAGUCAUGUGACCUUUUACGUCAUCUGCUCUUUUUCCGCCAUUUUGAGUACCUACCGAGUACCAGUAGUCUACUGACAUGCAUUGGCUAGCUUGCUACGAUUUACUGUCUAUGACUCGUACGGAUACAGUAAAUGGCUACGAAAGACAACAUUUCGCACCUUGACUGUCAAAAAAUAUCAUUGUUAGGGUGUGAUCCCUACCCGAUCCCUGAUGCGUUCUUCCAGCCGCUGUCCGCUGCUACCGAACUACCACUAUUUUUACAACAUUAAGAAGGCGCGACACAACAUGAAACUUUGCUCGAGGUAUCACCUGGAUCUCU